AGUACACAAUUGCACGCCAUGGAUUCACGAAUUGCAGUAGUCUGUGUUGUUUUGGCGGUGUUCGCGGUGGACCAGACGGUCGGAGCGCCGCAAAAAGAUGCUGUAGCCGCAAGUGGUACCGCCUACACUACCAAGUACGACCAUAUUGAUAUUGACCAAGUUCUGGCUUCCAAAAGAUUAGUCAAUAGCUAUGUCCAAUGUCUGUUGGACAAGAAACCGUGCACACCCGAAGGAGCUGAACUUAGAAAAAUUUUACCUGAUGCUUUAAAAACACAAUGUGCGAAAUGCAAUGCCACACAAAAAAAUGCUGCACUUAAAGUAGUUGACAGACUCCAGAGAGAUUAUGAUAAAGAGUGGAAACAGCUUCUUGACAAAUGGGACCCUAAACGUGAACAAUUCCAGAAAUUCCAACAAUUUUUGGCAGAAGAGAAGAAAAAAGGGGUUGUUAAAUUUUAAAUAUAAGUAUAAAUUUACCAAUAAUUAGUAGUUAAUAAUAAUUUAGUUUUAUCUAGUACAUUAGAAUGCAGUACCUAUACGCACUAUUUAUCAAAUGUAUACAAAAAUAAUAAAAAAUAUUAUAAAUUAUUAUAUAUGUGUUUUAUUUAUUUUUUUAAGAGCAUAAAGGAAAUAAUAAAUAUUUUGGAUUAUGUUUUCAUUAUGUUGUAUUUAUUUUGUAUUUGUCUAAAACAUAAAAAUGAAGAAUAAUAAUCAUAUACUCAAUUAACAUACAGUUUUGUAUUUAAUUUGAAAUAAAAGCAGUCAUUUUAAUUAAGAUUAA